GAGAGCAAAUUUAGAUUAAUUAAAUGGCCGAUUCAUCCAACGGCGGCAGAACGACCAGCACCACUGGUUUGCUGAUACUGGAGCAGCAGACACAGCCACUAGCCGCGUCGAUGGCACCCUUGCCGAAGAACGCCAACGGCACCGACACAGUGUCGGACGAGCAGCAAAACGAGCGCAGAAUGGCACGGGAAACAGAGGAGGCCAAGCGCCGCAUGAAGAAACGAGUAGAUUUCAUGGAAGAGAACCUACCGCGAAAGGACGACGACGGCGGGUUAAAGGCGUUCGACGAGGUCGCUUAUCGAAUGUGUGCGCACACGAAAACAACAUCACAGAAACCGAUCCGGAUGACUACUGCCACUAUGUCGUGGGGUAGUGACGGUGGACCGGUGUACGUGGGGAGUCCGGUGACGGAUGAAGAUUUCGAGCAGCUAAUCGAUAGCCGCAUGCAGGACCUUGAGGACAUACGGUCUGAUUCGGACUCAGACUUUGGGGACGAUCAUGGCUUACCGCCCCAGCGCGUUCCCGUAGUGGCUCGUCGAGGAGACGCUAGAGCACUUCGCGAACCCGUCGUGAGUGGGGGUAGUAGUGGUGGUGGUGCUGGGACCAAUGUUGGUAGACAUCCGUCUGCCUCCUCUUGGAGCGAUGGCAGUAGUACGGUGAGCGACGUAGAAGAGGAAGUGGAUCACGAGCAGGAGAAACUGCAGCAUCAUGAAACCGUUCAGGACAGGAUCAGGACACGCACUCCUACGGAGCGAGCUCCAUUGAAUCUACCUUCGAUGGAAGCGUCUGGUUCGCCUUUCCGAAUGCUCAUGACCCCGAUGUGCCCGAUGAGUCCGGGAAGGCGGUCAGAUAGCAGCGUUUUGUUUGGGCCUUCCUCAUUACCCAUAAUCCUUCCUUUUCACGUGCGCCGCCGAUUGUCCGAAUGUCGCGAAGAGGAUGAAGAGGACGAGAAGCAGCAGCUGUCUUCACAUUCCCCACCAUCGGCUACGAUCCGAUCACCGGUCGCAAUUCCUUCGAUCGUCAUUGCUACGAGCGGUGAAGCUGCACAAGAAACGGCACCGACAGUAACCUCCAAACCCGCCGCCGCGCAGGACGAAGAAGCCGAAACGGCUAUCCCACGUAAAUCGCGUUUCAUGGUUACGAAGACAGAGGAGCAGCAGCAGGAGCAGCAAAAGCUACAACAGGACUUGCCUCCCAGUCCUCGGCUUCGACCGGAGACGGCCGCAUUAAUUCCAGUGCCAGCAUCUCAAAACUCUCAGACGAUCCACUUUCCCUGCAGCAGUAGCCAGCAGUACGGCAGCAGCCAGCGGACAUCCGUGCAUUCAAUCUUCUCAACCGAUGCAGCCGCAGCUCACCAUAAUACGCCACAUCUCGAUCGGCGCUUCUUCGAUACAUCACUGGUAGAGAUCCGUCCACUUACUCAAAGCCGAAAUUCGCUCUCAUCGACGACGGGUGCUGACACGAGUGGCUAUGAAUCUGGAACCACUACAAACUCAUCACUGUCCCGGGAACAACAGGCGUCUUCGUCGCGAGAAUCACAACCUGCCAAGAGCAACAUUCCGUUUGAAUUAGAUGAGGUGUGGGUAAAGCGUCCAGACCCGGUAACCGGUCCCUUAACAAAAGCAAAAGCUCCCAAAGCAAAAGAAGUUCUGUCGACGAAGGGCGGUGACCGAGCUGCAACCCUACCGGUGAAUGCAAAGCCCAAUUAUGCAGCAUUCACAGACAGUCCCGAGAAGAAAAAGUCAUCCGCAGUGAAGGCAGCAAGUGAUGGAAUCGAUGGCGCUGCUGUGUCCGGACAAUUUCAGCGUCCUUCAACGGCACCGGCCACUUCCGGUGAAUCAUCGACGCGUGCCUCUAAAAAGCAAAAGAAAAGCGAAAAAGAAGCCAAGAAGCAGGAGAAGGAAGUUAUGAAACAAAAGCGAGAAGAGGCACGUCGACUCGAGAAGGAAGCGGCCAAGCUGGAAAAGCUUAACCGGAAGCACGAAAGCAUAUCGCGAAGUACGGAACGGGUCGGAUCUGGCGGUCGUUCUGGAUCGUUGGAGAGGCGCCGCAGUGGAGAAGAAGCGCCCGUACUAAACCAAUCGACCGUGCACGGUAUCGCUAGUCCAAAUCGAAGACCGACAAUAUUCGAUGUGUUUCGACCGCGAAAGGGUUCCGAUUCGCGAAAGAAGAAAGAUGAUGGAAGUAAAUCCGGCUCGGACAAGGACAGUACCGGCAUGGGCAGUGGCCCCAUCACCACUUCCGGGGGGAUUAUGAACAGUAUGAAGGCAGCCCUACACGUCGGUGGGCGACACAGCCACCAGCACCAACAACCAUCAGCCCAGACCGGACCUGCCGCUGCAGCUGGGUCGAAAGUGCGCGAUGGUUCAGCACAUCCGCAUGCGGGCAGUGAUGCACAGUAUUACCACACGGUAACGGCUGUGCGCCGGGCCGACGUCGGCAAGUCUCCUAUGACGAAGGUGAUGGAUUUGUUUAGGCACCGUUCCAAUUCGGCCGUUUCCGAAGCGGAUAAACGCAAAGCGAAAGCUGCCGCACAGCAUCAGCAACAGCUAGCCGUCCAAUCCGCUCAUAUGCGAAGGGCUUCGGCCGAACUGGCAGAACGUCGACGAGCAUCGUUAGGAGCGACGCGAGGACUUCGAGCGGACGGUACGCUUGAUCCGUACCAUGCAGCGAUCCUGUUCCGUGACUCACGAGGGCUGCCCGUAGCCGAUCCAUUCCUGGAGAAGGUUCAACUAUCCGAUCUAGAGGAAGAUGAGUCACAGAUUUUUGUCAAGUUCUUCCGGUUUCAUAAGUGCUACGAUCUGGUGCCGACCUCAGCCAAGCUGGUCGUGUUCGACACCCAGUUGCUGGUGAAGAAGGCGUUCUACGCGCUCGUCUACAACGGCGUCCGAGCGGCACCGUUGUGGGACUCGAAGCGCCAAGAGUUUGUCGGCAUGCUAACGAUCACCGAUUUCAUCAAGAUUCUAAAAAUGUAUUACAAAUCACCGAACGCGUCGAUGGACGAGCUGGAGGAGCACAAGCUGGACACUUGGCGAAAAGUGCUACAGGAAGAUGUGAAAAAGCUCGUUAGCAUCGGUCCAGAUGCGUCGCUGUACGAUGCCAUCAAGAUGCUGGUACACAACCGCAUCCAUCGGCUGCCUGUGAUUGAUCCGGUCACCGGCAACGUGCUGUAUAUAUUGACUCACAAGAGGAUACUUAGAUUCCUAUUUUUAUAUAUAAACGAACUACCAAAGCCAUCGUACAUGCAGAAAACCCUCCGGGAGAUACGCAUUGGCAGUUACAACAACAUCGAAACGGCCACAGAGGAUACCAGCAUCAUUACGGCGCUGCACAAGUUCGUGGAUAGGCGCGUGUCCGCACUGCCGAUGGUGGACUCCGAGGGGCGCUUGACGGACAUUUAUGCCAAGUUUGAUGUAAUUAACUUGGCUGCUGAGAAAACGUACAACGAUCUAGAUGUGUCUCUCAAGAAAGCGAACGAACAUCGAAACGCGUGGUUCGAAGGAGUACAUCACUGCACACUAGACGAAACGCUCUACACCAUCAUGGAGCGCAUCGUACGCGUCGAAGUUCAUCGAUUAGUGGUGGUGGACGAGAUGAAGAAGGUCAUCGGCAUCAUCUCACUGUCCGACAUUCUGCUCUACCUGGUGCUGCGUCCCAGUGGUGACGGUAUAGGCGAUUCCGAGUCACUCCGUGCGACCGAUCCAAAGCUAAUGAAACCGGCAUCAUCAUCCAGCAGCAGCAAACUGCAAGCCUCCAAGCGUGACAGCAGUAACGAAAGCAUCGAGGAGGAAAAGGAAACCAUCGAGGAGGAUGCUGCUCAAAAGACUGAAAUCGUCGUCACACCAACGCUAGAAGACGCGAAACAGGACGUAACGGCAGAUGCUGAAGUAGAGCAACAGCAGCAACUGGUAGCAGAUCGUAGUGACGAAUCCGUCCCGUCCGAGCUAGCGGCAGAAGAGUUGGCUGAAGAAGCGAAGGAAGACCCCGAUGAUACAGCAUCGACGCCAAUCGAUCGUAGCAGUGCCAACGAUUCACCCGUCGCACAGGAAAUGCUCGCCACCGAUGUUCCGCUGCAGUCUGUCCAGCGGGAGGUGGGAUUGGUUAGCGAGUAA